AUGCCAUCAAAUUACAGCACAACUUUUCUUGUUUCAAUAGAUGGAGAUUAUUUAGAUAUAGAACCAACAAUAUAUUCUAUCGAAAAAGCUAUUGAUCGUCUUACUCAGAUGAAUCCAAACAAUUCAGUCGAAGUUAUUUUUAUUAUCAACAGUCUAAGCGAGCAUUACAUUAAAAUCAUCAAGAACCACGUUUGUCCCUCAUACAAAAUUAAAGUUCUCCAGAGAAAUCCGAUCUCUAUUGCUAAAGGAGCUCCUUUCAUCUUCGGAAGCAUUCUUGCUGAAGGAGAAACAGUUAUUUACAUCCCUGUUACAUCAAACAUUCAAGAUUCAAGCAUUUGCGAACUCUAUACUAAGUAUUCUGAAGUUUUACGCCAAGAUCAAAAUUCAAUUAUGGUUGCAGGCGAUAAUAACUUCUCAAAGACAAAACUUUCGCAAAUACUCCAACAAUUACUACACAGAAACGUUGGAAAUCCAUUCAUUGGCAUUGCAGCUAUAACUAGAAAGACAAUUACACAUAUUAUCUCAGGCAUGAGAUCUGAAUAUGAUGAAGAUUUUGUUUACGAGCUGAUGCUCUCUUGUCACAUGCUUGGUUUUCGUAUUGAAACUUAUAAUUUGACCGGAUACUUCGGAAAAACUAAUGGAAUCACUAGUUUACUUAUAGCAUUAAAAUAUACAUUAGCUUAUAAGUUCCAUGUAUGGAAUGCUGUUCCAGAAAGUACAAUUGAUCCAACUUCAAAAUUAUAUUUCUAA